AUGGAAUAUUCACAAUUGAAAUAAACACAAUUUGGUCCUUAUGAAAUUAAAUAAGAUAAAAUAGGAUCUGGAAAUGCAGUCACUGUUUUUAAAGCACUUAACCUAGAUUGGAAUACCGAUUGUUGUGUUAAGAUAGUGGAUAAAAGUGAUUAGAGCUAAAUGAAACAAUAUCAAAUAGAGAAAUAAAUAUCAUCAGAGCUUAAAUGGGUAUUCCAUAAAAAUCUUGUCAGAAUAUAUGAUAUUUUUGAGAAAGACAAUUAUAUUUAUAUUUUUUAAGAACUUUGUGAUUAAGAUUUAGGACGAUAUAAAAAAUAAUUAGAUAGAGAACAAAUAUUGGAUUUAAUCAUUUAAGUGGCAUCUGGAUAUAUUUAAUUGAUGGAACGAAAUAUUAUGCAUAGAGAUAUAAAAUAAGACAACAUACUUAUAAAAAAAGAUAAAAAUGGAUAAAUAAUUUACAAGGUUCAUCUUAUUAUAUAUGAUUAGCUUGCUGAUUUUGGAUAGAGUAAAAAAUGUGAUGAAGAAUCUAACAGAAUUACGACAAAUAAUUAACAAGGCACUUUAUGUAAAUAGGCUCCAGAAAUUUAUGGAUCAGAUUAUAGUUAUUUAGCAGAUAUAUUUUCAGUAUUUAUAUUAUUUUUAUAAUUAGUUUGGGUUAGUAUUGUUAGAGUUAUAUUUAAAUAUUCAAAUAGAUAAAAAGUAGCACAUGAAUUGUCUCUUUGAUUACUUAAAAAAAAAAAGUUUCAUUUAAAUUAAAGAAAUGAAUGAUGAGAAUAAACAGUAAUUUGAAAAAAUAAAAAAUAUAUUUUAAUAUAACAAAGAUGAUGAAAUAAUUAAAAUAAUAGAUUAAUUAUUAAAGUACAAAAAAGAGGAUAGAAUCGGUUGGUAAAAUUUAUUAAAAAACGCUGAAAAUGUUAAAAAAAAUAUGAAUAAUUCUUAAGGAAAUAUACAAAAAAAAAUAAGUAAAUAAUUAUAGUAUUCGUCAAUAGCUUUGUAAGUUUAAUAACCAAAAGUUUCAAAUUUUUAGACUAAACAAACCCCUAAAAACUAAUAAUAAUAUCUUUGCUAAAUUAAGGGAAAUGGAAUAUAAAAUCAACCAUCAUCUAAUUUACCCUUAUAAUAUCCUCAACCAUAUUCAAAUUUACCAUAAUAAAUUCAUCAACCAUAAUCAAAUUUACCAUAAUAAAUUCAUCAACCAUAAUCAAAUUUACCAUAAUAAAUUCAUCAACCAUAUCCAAAUUUACCAUAAUAAAUUCAUCAACCAUAUCCAAAUUUACCAUAAUAAAUUCAUGAACCAUAAAAUCAUCGACUAUAAAAUAAUUAGCAAGUAGGCAAUAAUUUUUGUUAAACAAAAGGAUAAAUUACAGGUUUUUAAAAUAAGACUAUUAAAAUUUAAUAAAAUCAAUAAAUAAUUCCCCCAUAAAAUUAAUAACAUAAGGCCCUCUAUAAAAAUUAGACUUAAUAGUAAAUUUGCCGUUAGGGAACAAUUAAUCAUUACUCCGCUAUCAACAAUUAAUUUAUUCAAUAACCCUAGAAUUAAUAAUUUGUUUACAUUAAUUAUAGAGCCCAAUGA